AUGCCUUUCAGCGUCGGCCUGCUGUGCGUCUCGGACACGGCGGCCGCGUCGCCGUCGAGCGACAAGUCGCUCCCCACCCUCCGCUCGCUGCUCCCGACCGACGCCUACACCGUCAAGGCCGAGCAGAUCGUCGCCGACGAGAGCGCAGAGCUCGUCGACACGGUGCGGGCAUGGGUCGCGCAGGGCAUCGACCUCGUCUUGACGUCGGGCGGGACUGGGUUUGGCUCGCGAGAUGGAACGCCCGAGGCGCUCGCCCCUCUCAUCGACCGCCCCGCGCCAGGCCUCGUCGUGGCCAUGCUCACCUCGUCCCUCGCCAUCACCCCACUUGCCGCCCUCUCUCGCCCCGUCGCCGGCGUCAUCCUCUCGCCCGCCAACGACGGCACCGGCACCCUCGUCGUCACGCUCCCCGGCAGCCCCAAGGCCGCGAAAGAGAACCUCGAGUGCCUCCUGCGCGUCCUCCCGCACGCUCUCGAACUCGCCGGCGGCGCCCGCAGCCGCACUACCCAGGUCCACCAGCGCAUCGAGCGAGGCGAGGACGGCCUCGAGGGCGUCAAGGACGCCGUGCGCGAGCGCGCGCACGGGCACGACCACCACCACCACCACCAUCAUCACCAUCAUCAUCAUGGAGGAGGCGGCCACAGCGCACCUCGCUCGCGCACCAUGCUCUCGCAAGAUCCUUCUGUCGCCAUCGCCGCUCGUCAGCGCCAAUCGCCCUGGCCGCUCAUCUCGCAGGUCCCCGUCGACCGGUCGAUCAUCGGCCACGUCCUCGCCGACGACGUGCGCGCUGCGGGCGACCUCCCGUCGGGCCCGUCGACCAACAUUGACGGCUACGCCGUCGCCGCCGCCUCGACGCCGCCGGGCGAGUACAAGGUCGUCACGGCGUUCCCGACGAGCGCGAUGCCGCCCGGCUCGGUGUACCGCAUCAACACGGGCGCGCCGCUGCCGCCCGGGACCGACGCGUGCAUCAUGGUCGAGGACACCGAGGUCGCGUCGCGCGACGAGGCGACGGGCGACGAGGCGACGGUGCGGCUCCUCGCCCAGGUCGACGUCGGCGAGAACGUGCGCGCGGCCGGGAGCGACGUGCGCGAGGGCGACGAGGUGCUCGCGCGAGGAGAUGUCGUGAGCGACGUCGGCGGCGAGCUCGGCACGCUCGCGUUCGUCGGGCAGCGCGGCGUCAAGGCGCACCGCAGGCCGAUCGUCGCCGUCCUGUCGACCGGCAACGAGCUGCGCGACCUGCAGGACCGGCGCAGCUCGGCCAAGGCGGCCGACGACGACUCGAGCUUCGCCGGCAUCGUCGACUCGAACCGGCCGACGCUCCUCGGCGUCCUCGAGAGCCUGCACUUUACGACGAUCGACCUCGGCAUCUGCGGCGACUCGAUGGACGACACGAAGCGGCGGCUCAAGCAGGGCGCCGAGGAGGCCGACAUGGUCAUCACGACGGGCGGGACGAGCAUGGGCGUCGGCGACUUGCUCAAGCCCUGCAUCGAGCGCGAGCUCGGCGGCACGGUGCACUUUGGGCGCGUCGCGAUGAAGCCUGGCAAGCCGACGACGUUCGCCACGCUCCCGGCCCACCCGAUGGCGCCCUCUCGCGACCCGUCGCUCGUGUUUGCGCUGCCGGGCAACCCAGCGUCGGCGCUCGUCACGUUCUACCUGUUUGUGCUCCCGGCGCUGCGCAAGAUGGAGGGUCGGCGCGAGGACGAGUGGGAGCUGCCGCGUGUGCCCGUCAAGCUCACGUCGACGGUGGCGCUCGACGCUCGACCCGAAUACCACCGCGUCCUGGUGCGCCCGUCGCGCACGACGGGGACCCUGCAGGCGGUGUCGACGGGCGGGCAGCGGUCGAGCCGGACGGUGAGCCUCGCCGGGGCCAACGGCCUGCUCGAGCUGCCUGCGGCGAGCGAGGGCGAGGGGCGCGAGAAGCGCGAGGGCGAGACGGUGCACUCGUUCGCCGCCAUGUUCCGCACCGCCAUCCGCUCGGUCGUCCCCCGUGCCCUCCCGCGCGUCCAGGUCCCCGCCGCUCGCUCGUUCGCGUCGGCCCUCCCGCGCCUCUCGGCCCAGGAGCCUCUCAUCCAGGGCGAGGGCGGCAAGGCCGGCGAGGUCCCGACCGACCUCGAGCAGGCGACCGGUCUCGAGCGCUUCGAGCUCCUCCACAAGAUCAAGGGCGAGGAGGCCUUCUCGCUCGAGCCCCUCGAGGUCCCCCGUCUCGGCACCGUCGCCGACCCCAUCAUGGUCUUCUCCCUCGACCACGAGCGCAUCAUCGGCUGCACCGGCUUCCCCGUCGACUCGCACGACACCAUCCUCUUCCCCGUCGGCAAGGACAAGCCCGUCCGCUGCCCCGAGUGCGGCUGCGUACCAGACCGACUUCCAGGGCGUCGAGCACGACCACGGCCACCACUGAGCGGCCGGCCGUUUUCUCUAGAGCAGUACCCGGUCGAGCAGGCGAGGGCGAGAGGGUCGUUGGCGGGGCGUGAAAAAGCGUCGAGUUUCUUUC